CUCCCAAAUUGAAAAAAAACAAACAACAAAAAAGAAAACUUAUUUUUCCUUUUACUUCUUUUUUCUUCUUCUUCUUCUAUAUUAUUAUUAUUAUAAUGUCAGUUAUUUCUUUAUCAAAUAACAACAAUAGACAUUCUUCUUCUUCGACGUUUAUUGCUCAUCUAUUAGUACAAGAAUAUCCACCCAAAGUUCAACCUCGGUCUUCUUCAGAAAGAGACAAUGCACUAUAUGGUGAUUUGGAUAAAGUAGAUUGUGAAGCUAGUUGUAUUUUGAUUGCUUUAGCUAAUCAUGAUAAAAGGAAAGAUAUGAAUGAUUUGAUACCAUAUUCAAUAAGAGUCAUCGAUUACAACCAACCAACAACCGACACAAUGGAUUCAGCUUUGGAAAAUAGUAGUACAACAAGUAGUAGUAGUAAUAGUAGUAGUAAUAGUAAUAGUAAUAGUAAUAGUAGUAAUAGUAGUACAACAAGUAGCGAUCAUGACAAAUUGACAGAAGGAACAAUGUCUAUCAAAAAUUUGUUAGGAAUGAAUGAACAAAAUACAACAACAUCGGAUACUACUUUGUCUGGGAAUACAGAUCAAGUUUUAACCAAUUCAACAACAUCAUCCACAUUAUCAUCUCCAAAGACACAGCAAGAUCCAUUAAAAAAGUCUUCUUCAUGGAAACGAAAACCAAGAUCAGAUCCUAUUCUAUUACUUGCAGCCGCCGCUAAAGCCAUUGAUCAAGAUGAACAAUUACAACAACGGGCCAAUCAGAAAAGGAAAUACAGUGAGGAUGACAGUAGUUUGGAUUCUCGCUCUAUUCGACCACGCCAUUCCAUGGAAUCUACAUCCGCACUACACCGUCAUCAUCAUCAUCAGUCUGAACAAUCAAAAUUCUCUUAUCAAUACUUGUCAAUGAAACAAAAUCCAAAGAUCAAGAGAAACGCAAUGCAUGCUUACAUAACCUAUAUGAUUUAUACCGAUUUGGCUUCUUCUUCUUCUUCUGAUAAAAUGUAUCAUGAAAAGCACCAUCAUCAACCAUCUAUCAAUGUAGGACAACAUGAAACCACAACUUCUUCGUCUUACGGUCCACUUCCGAUAGGUCCUCCGCACUCAAAAACGGUGGAUCAUCAAAAUUACUCAGCAACAAGUAAAUCAGAUCAUUGGCCAUAUAGAACAUCAUCUCCUUCAUUACCACCAUUCAAUACUUCCUCUUCUUCUUCUUCUUCUUCUUCUAUUAUGGCUCGACCACUAACGGCUUUUUUACGGGAUGACAUGUAUACUUAGUUAGUAAUGUUAUUACACCUCCUUUAUCUAACCCCCUUCUUCCCCUCUUCUUCUUUUUCUUAUAUAUUCAUUUCUUUCUUUAUGCAUAUUAGUUGUCUCUUUUUUUUCAUUAUUAUUUUUUUUUAUUUAUAUAUAUCAUUCUUCUCUUUGUAUAAAUCUUUCUUUAUAUAUAUAUAAAUCUGUGUUGUGUAUGUUUUUUUUU